GGAACCACUUCAUAGCCUCACGUAAUCUGCCUUUUCCUUGUUUUAUUCGAAGUAUCUCUGUUUCCUUGCGAGAACUACGAUGGCGCCCAAGGCCGAUAAGAAGCCCGCAGAGAAGAAACCAGCGGAGGAGAAGAAGACGAGCGUAGCCGAGAAGUCGCCGGCGGAGAAGAAGCCUAAGGCCGGCAAGAAACUGCCUAAGGAGGGCGGAGCCGCCGCCGGAGACAAGAAGAAGAAGAGGUCGAAGAAGAGCGUGGAGACCUACAAGAUCUACAUCUUCAAAGUACUGAAGCAGGUGCAUCCCGACAUCGGAAUAUCGAGCAAGGCGAUGGGGAUCAUGAACAGCUUCAUCAACGAUAUCUUCGAGAAGCUCGCUCAAGAGGCCUCCCGUCUCGCCCGCUACAACAAGAAGCCGACAAUUACUUCUCGCGAGAUCCAGACUGCCGUCCGGCUAGUCUUGCCCGGCGAAUUGGCCAAGCACGCCGUAUCCGAGGGUACUAAGGCGGUGACUAAAUUCACCAGUACUUGAAUACGCGGGCCGCGUCUUUCUAGGGCUUGCUAAGAUCUGGAGUUAGGGGCUAGGGUUAGGGUUCCAAUUCGCUAUUAAUAUUGUUGUCCCUUUUUUUUUUCGGCUUUUGGAGUUGAUUAAUGUUUUGUAAGUACUGGUGGUGGAUUUAACAAUGAAGAUGCUGUACCUUCUACAA